UAAAAACAAAAAAAAAAACAAAACAAAAAUCUGAUGUUGAUACAGUAAAGUGAAAGAAAAACCGAAAAUAAAGAGCAUACCAACUAAACAGAAUAUAAACUCACAUAUAUCCGUUUCCGUUCUUGUUUUUCGUUUUUCGUUUUUCGUUCUACUCUUUCGUUUUUAUCUUUUUUGUAUUUAAUUUUUUUUUUUUUUUUUUUUUUUUGUUUUUUUUUUUGGCAAACGUGUGUUAACUUCUAUCCUAACGCUAAACCGGAAGUAAUUCCAUUCUAAAACAUUUGCACAACAGCUCAAAGGAUUACAGAGUGUGUUUGUGCAUAUUUGCGGUGCUUUUCUUCAUUCAUCUUCCACUCGUCUGUGUAUGCAACUGAGAAUAAAAAGAAUUUCCCAUCAUCAUCGUCAUCAUCAUCAUCGUCUUCAUCACGACUGUGCAAAUGAUGUUCUUGCAGUUCUCAUUAAUCAUAAUAUUAUUCGCUUAUUCUUCGGAAGCCAUACAAAUCAAACCCCAGCCAGUAUAUGGACCACCAUCUCAGCGGGCACCACAUCGAGAAUAUGGUGUACCUCAGCAAAUACCUUUUCAUGAAUACGGCCCGCCAGCUAUAAAGUAUGGGCCACCCAAGUUGCCGUUUAUUGGUGGUGGCGGAGGUGGCGGUACCAACAACUAUGGAACAUCUUCAAGUUUGUAUGAUCAAAUUAAAUCGUAUUUCGGCGUACCAAAACCUUUUUAUGGACCUCCUCACGUUAUACAUAAGCCAGCCAAUAAAUAUGGGCCACCAAAUCAACCAGCGUUACACUAUGGCCCACCCAGACCAGCCCCUACUUAUGGGGAAACUAAGCCAGCACCAACCUAUGGUCCACCACCGCCACCUCUCAAAUUUCAACAUAAACCUUCUUCUACUUAUGGACCGCCUAAGCCUGUUUAUGGUCCACCGCCAUCAGCGCCACAGUCGUUACCUUUAGUUCAACCAGCUUUGUCAUUUAAAACUCAAAACCAAGCAGCUACUUCAUAUGGACCACCCCCUUCAGGACCGCUUUUUCAAUCACCUCAACAAAUUUACGGUUCUCCGCAUCAUCAUGAAUUAGUUCCAAAUUUUAAUCGCUUACCCGAAACUACUGUUAUACUAACGGGCACUAAUCAGCAACAUCAACACCACCAACAACAUCCCCAACAUCCACCUAUUAAACAAAUACAAAUACAUGUUGAUAACAAUGGUCAUGGGCAUAAUGGCGGUGCUGCUCAGACCCCUUUUCAUACAGCAUGCGAAGGUUGGAAACCAAUUCCUGGUCCAGUGGGAGCCUAUAUUGAACACAAUAAUAUUGAAACUCAAACUGGAUAUAGCCAAGUAACUCAGAGUCAGCCUAUAACCGCUCUUAAGUUAGCUAAUGGUAACAAUGGCGGUUCGAGUUUAACCGAUGAGCAGCUAAUAGCCGUUGCUUUACAAGCGAGCAAUUUCGAUGGUGGUGAUAAUUCUAUACAUCAAAACAUAUUAACACAAUCCAUUCCGCUAACAAAUUCUGGCCAUGAUUUUAAUCAGCAGCGACAUCAACAUCAACAUCACCUAAACUCCAUCGAAACAGACGCAUUGCAGCUAUCAUUAGCGGCUAUUGAGGGUGACUCGUAUUCGAAACCCCCGCCCGAUUCAUUUGCACCCAACUCUCUGCAUGCCUUGAAAUUUACGAGCGGAAUAUACGGACAACCACCUCCACUAAGUCAUGGAUCAGCAGCGGAUUUUGUCCGUCACCAUGCGCAAAACGGCUUGGGUAUACAAUAUGGUAAACAAUCGGGUAAUUUACAUACAUUUCCUCCGCCGGCCUUACCCCCACCAAACAAACCAGUCGUCUUCCGACCUCCAGUACCACAGGGCUUAAUAGAAACCAUUGGAGCUACGGUACAGCAUGUAGAUAAAUAUGGCGUUAGGCCGCCAGUACAAGUGCCCACUUAUAUACCUCCAGCCGCAAGUGAAAUUGCGCAAGGUUCCGGCAAUAAUAUACAUUCCGAAUAUGGCGUACCUCCACCACCAUCAUCACAACGUACGGAUUUAAUUGAGCAACAACUGCCCGAGCACCAAACGCCACAACUAUUUGUUCAGGUAGAACAGCUCCAGCAGCAACAAAAUGGUAACAUAAAUAACGAAUAUGGGCCGCCACCAUCGCCAUUAUUGACCCCAACGCAGACAGGAUCAAUCAAUUAUGUCGCCCCUCAGCAACAAUACUUACCACCUCCACAGCAAAAUCACUACAGUGAUGCUCCGUAUGCCUCAAGUAACCGGGCUAACUUUGAGAAUGUUUACAGCGCCAGUGAAAAUAAUGCUCAAUCCUUACCACUGCAGCAGGAGGGAAAGUAUCAGACGAGCGAUUGCCGGCAAGGUCCCAAUUUAUUAAAUGCAAAUUUAAUUAGCCAAAGCGUACCUGUCGCGGAACGACACUCACAAUAUGUCACGGGUCCGGCAAAUAGUUAUGGGCCACCACCUUCUGGUGGAAUUGAUCAUUUAGGUUUUGCUUCAGAAAAAUCGGCAAUCUCCGCUCUACCUGAACACAUAAAUACUGACUUAUUGCCUGGGCUAGAAGGAUUAAAUGUUAUAUCUGCGCAGAAGUCGGAGGGAAUUCAAUUACCAAUCGAACACAAUAAUCAUCCCAGUCAGUUGGCUCACACGUAUCAAGUGCAAUUCCGAGGCGGGAAUAACGAGCAAUCAUCUAAGCACGAAGAAAUUCUAUCCGAAGAUUUAUUGCAGACUAUUCUUAGCGCUAUUGAAGAGCCACAGCAGCAACAUCAACAUUUGCCAUCUAAUCAUAAAGCCGAAAGUCGUUCGGAUAUUGCGAAUCAACUCGAACGCAAUCAUAAUUCGCAUAACGAUCCUGAUCCCUCCUCUCGACAAGAAUAUCAACUAGAAGAUCACAGUGACAAUCGCGCCGAAGCGAAUCAAAAUUUUAAUGCAAUUAUAGUAAAUGAAGAACAAGAAGAAGCCAAAAAUAUUGAAACAGAGAAUGAAGAGGAACAUAAUACAGCUUUUCAUUCUCGAAUGAAAUGAAUUCUAGUUAUGACACAUCUCAAAAAAGCAACAU